UUUGGCGAUCUCCCUCUGGAUAGGAAGUUGUUGCAUAAUAUUUCACUUCUGCAUCUUACCAAUAUGACGCCGGUUCAAAUGCAUGCCAUACCUUUGCUUCUGACCGAUCCUUCAGCGGGCGCAAGUAGUAGGAAUGUGGGGUUAUACGAUCUUAUGGCGGCAGCACAAACAGGAUCUGGGAAGACUCUUGCCUACCUUCUACCGAUUCUUCAACGCAUCAUGCGUACUUAUCCGGCAGACUCCAUGACCGCUCUUGCAGAUAACAACUAUCAGGUACAAUUUCCUUUGGCACUUAUUCUCGCACCAACUCGAGAACUAGCCCAUCAAAUUAGGCUGGAGGCCAGUAAGCUCUGUUACCGAACUCAUGUGCGUCCCGUCGCGCUUUAUGGAGGGGAGAAACCUGGUCAGCAAAUAUCGGAAAUACGCCGUGGUUCUCAUUUAAUUGUCGCUACUCCUGGAAGACUUCUGGAUUUCUUGGGAGAACGCCUGCUCAAUCUCUCUUUCUGCAGAAAUCUAGUAAUAGACGAGGCAGAUCGCCUUCUUGACAUGGGGUUUGAACCGCAAUUGCGGAAAAUUAUUCAAUCGCGUACUUACGGUCUUCCUGAUGGCGAGGAUCGACAGACUGCUCUUUUUAGUGCAACUUUUCCCCCAAAUGUCGCUCUACUUGCUCGUGACUUUCUCCGUGGAUCGCGUUGCAUCUCCCUUAACGUCGUUCGCGGCGACGAUGUCGGUGCUGGCGAGCUUCCUGUGCCUGUUUGGGGUCAGGCUGUCAUCCGGAAUCGGCACUCCAGUGAGGACGCUUUCAAACAACUGAAAGCUACUGUCCCAAAGGAGAUUAUACAGAAGGUUGAGUGGGUGAAAGAAAUCAAUCAUGGUCGGGGUGUGUUUCCGACCAAUAUGUUCGAUCGCCUGGUCACUGUGCUUACUUCUGAAGCUGCUGGUAGGUAUUUCUCCAGUGUAUGCUUAUUGGGGUUGUGUUCCUCCACGUUUUUCUUAGUUCCAGAUAUUUCCUGUGCAGAAAGUGUGAAAGGAGACUUGCAGUGUAGGUCUGUCGAUUGCAAACAGCGAGUAUUGGUCUUCUGUAACACCAAGCGAGAGGUCGAUUUGAUCGAUCGGUGCUUGGUAAGACAAGGCUUUAAUUCGGUUUCUAUCCACGGUGAUCGCUCACAAGCACGUCGUAACCAUAGCGUGAAUUGCUUUCGUGAUGGAAAGGCAAACAUACUUGUGGCGUCUUCUGUCGUAGCACGCGGAAUGGACUUUCCUAAAGUUGAAGUAGUUAUUAACUUCGGAUUGCCGUUGGGUCUCGACGAGUACGUUCAUCGAAUCGGUCGAACGGGUAGAAUGGGCCAAGCAGGUCGUGCUAUCACCCUUGUCCCCUCGCAUAGUAUUGGAAGUGAUAAGCACUUACAAGGUAUUGCUCGCGGCAUAUGUCGCCUCGUUUCUGAUCCGUCUUGCCUUCCAAACGAAUUUAUCCGCGCCGCAAGGUGGAAUCCAGAAGACGUAACGUCUGUUGAUGAACUGACCAGUUCUCAUCGUUCUAAGGUGCCAUUACCCCGUUCCCAACAGAGGCUUGUAAAUCAAUCUUCAAAACGGAAGAAGCCAUUUGUCUAA